AUGCUCCGCCAACCACUCCUCCGCGCGCUCCCCCGCGUCGCCCCCCGCCAGGCCCGCGCCGCCUCGCACGGCCCAUCCUACAACCAGCCCUCCGGCUACCUUUUCGGCGAGAAGAUCCCCAAGGGCCAGAAGCGCCAGCGCGAGUCGUGGGAGACCAUCUUCUACGUCGGCAUGGGUGGCAGCGUCGCACUGGUGACUGUCAUGUUCGCCUACCGCCCCGACACUAGCAUCCAGACCUGGGCCCUUCAGGAGGCCAAGGCGCGCAUGGAGGCGCGCGGCGAGACCGUCGAGUACAAGCCCUCGCAGCCUUAA